UGGCGCAGCCCGGGAGCGGAGCGGGCGCAGCGCGGCCCGGCCAUGGGCGCUGAGGCGGGCGGCCCGCGGGACCCCGCGGCGGGCCAGCAGCUCCGCGCCCUCUUCUACGCGCUGGCACCCGCAGAGAGCUCCUUCCGCACGGUGGAGGAGGUGCCCGACUACGUAGAGAAGAGUAUCCCAUUCUUCAUUACUUUUAUUGGGCUGGAGUUUGCUGUCAGCUGGAUUCAGAAGCGUAAGCUGCCAGGUCGGAUCAAUGAUGGCAUAAGUUCUCUUUCCUUAGGUAUCCUGUCCCGACUACCAGAUAUUUUAUUCAGAAGUAUUGAGUUAAUUAGUUACAUAUACGUAUGGAAUAACUACAGACUCUUUGAACUGCCCUGGGACUCACCAUGGACAUGGUAUUUGACACUUCUGGGAGUGGACUUUGCAUACUACUGCUUUCAUCGCAUGAGCCAUGAGGUUAAUAUACUGUGGGCUGCGCACCAAGUACACCAUAGUUCAGAAGAUUACAACUUAUUCACAGCCUUGAGACAAUCUGUACUGCAGAAAUACACCUCCUGGAUGUUCAACUUGCCCAUGGCUCUUUUCAUUCCCCCUUCAGUGUUUGCUGUUCAUUUACAGUUUAAUCUGCUUUACCAGUUUUGGAUACACACAGAGGUUAUCAACAAACUUGGGCCUCUGGAAUGGAUACUUAAUACUCCCAGUCAUCACAGAGUUCAUCAUGGUAGAAAUCCUUACUGCAUUGACAAAAAUUAUGGUGGCACGCUCAUUAUCUGGGACAGGAUAUUUGGAACAUUUGAGGCUGAAGAUGCAAAAGUUGUAUAUGGCUUAACGCAUCCAGUAAAUUCAUUUGAUCCCAUCAUGCUCCAGUUACGUCCCUUGGCUCAUAUUUGGAACACGUUUUGGGCCACACCUGGAUUCUGCAAUAAGCUUUCUGUCAUAUUCAAAGGGCCAGGCUGGGGACCAGGCAAACCUAGACUUGGCCUUCCUGAGGAAAUCCCAGUGGUCACUGGAAAUGAAGUUCCCUUCAAUCCACGUGUACCAGCUUAUCUUAAUUGCUAUGCACUUGUACAUUUUGCUGUAAUAGUGGACUUGUACAUUGAACUUCUUGCUUCUAUGACUAUGUUGUCACAAGGAACAGUUCUCAUGAGAAUUGGCUUUAUCAUUCUGUCCCUGGCAUCUUUUGGCCUACUUAUGGAGAACAAGUCCAAAGCAGGAAUUUUGGAAAUUAUCCGUUGUUUAGUCUUCAUAGGUGUUUACAAACUUGGUUACUUUAGGAGUCAUUUUUCCUUCUUGGGCUAUGCAUAUGAGGUCUUGUUUUCCCUCUGUGCUGCAUUCUGGGCAAUCCAAAUUAUGAAGCGGAUCACUUCAUUCAAGGAUAAACACCACUGAAAGAACGGAGCUGCCAUCACCUUAAAUAUGGAAACAGCACUUCAGAAUAACCUUCUAAGUUCCUUGGAAUUAAUCAACCAUGAAUCAUGCUGAAUUGCAAUCAGUUCACUUAUGAUACAAGAGAUUUUUGUUUUUUGUAUGAAGGUUUGAAAGAUUCCUAAGGGCGUAUAUUCAUUUUUAUUUGAUUUUUUAAAUAAAUAUUUAAUUUCUUCCCAAUUUAAAUCAAAUAUUCAUUCACAGCAUAGAUUUUUGCAUUCAUAGGUUUACAAAUUCUUCGAGACCAUGUAAAACUAAUUUAAUUUUUGCAGUGAUUUUGUUAGUAAUGAAAUGUGAAAGUAUUUUUCACAAGAGGAAUAAUUAAAAUCAUAUCUGAUGUAACCUGGUA